ACGUACUCGACCUUUGACAGAGCCUAUAGACGAGAAGGAGAGACGGGAAGUAGUUUGCUGCCCCGCCCGGAAAGGGUGGAGCACAACGUCGAAAGCAGCCAAUGGGAGGCCAGGAGGCGGGGCGCCUGUGGGAGCCUUCAAGGGAACGUUCCCAGUCCCUGAGGCGGAUCGGUUGUUGCAUCCAUGGAGCGAGCUGAGGCCUCGAGCACAGAACCUGCUAAGGCCAUCAGACCUAUCGAUCGGAAGUCAGUUCACCAGAUUUGCUCUGGGCAAGUGGUACUGAGUCUAAGUACUGCAGUGAAGGAGUUAGUAGAAAACAGUCUGGAUGCUGGUGCCACUAAUAUCGAUCUAAAGCUUAAGGACUAUGGAGUGGAUCUCAUUGAAGUUUCAGACAAUGGAUGUGGGGUAGAAGAAGAAAACUUCGAAGGCUUAACUCUGAAACAUUACACAUCGAAGAUUCAGGACUUUGCUGACCUAACUCAGGUUGAAACUUUUGGCUUUCGGGGGGAAGCUCUGAGCUCACUUUGUGCACUGAGUGAUGUCACCAUUUCUACCUGCCAUGCAUCAGUGAAGGUUGGGACUCGACUGGUGUUUGAUCACAAUGGGAAAAUCAUCCAGAAAACCCCCUAUCCCCGCCCCAGAGGGACCACAGUCAGCGUGCAGCAGUUAUUUUAUACAUUACCUGUGCGCCAUAAGGAAUUUCAAAGGAAUAUUAAGAAGGAGUAUGCCAAAAUGGUCCAGAUCUUACAUGCAUACUGUAUAAUUUCAGCAGGCAUCCGUGUCAGUUGCACCAAUCAGCUUGGACAAGGAAAACGGCAGCCUGUGGUAUGCACAGGUGGAAGCCCCAGCAUAAAGGAAAAUAUCGGCUCUGUGUUUGGGCAGAAGCAGUUGCAAAGUCUCAUUCCUUUUGUUCAGCUGCCCCCUAGUGACUCCGUGUGUGAAGAGUAUGGUUUGAGCUGUUCAGAUGCUCUGCAUAAUCUGUUUUAUAUCUCAGGUUUCAUUUCACAAUGUGCACAUGGAGCUGGAAGGAGUUCAACAGACCGACAGUUUUUCUUUAUCAAUCGGCGGCCUUGUGACCCAGCAAAGGUCUCCAGACUUGUGAAUGAGGUCUACCACAUGUAUAAUCGAAAUCAGUAUCCAUUUGUUGUUCUUAACAUUUCUGUUGAUGCAGAAUGUGUUGAUAUCAAUGUUACUCCAGAUAAAAGGCAAAUUUUACUACAAGAGGAAAAGCUUUUGUUGGCAGUUUUAAAGACCUCUUUGAUAGGAAUGUUUGAUAGUGAUGUCAACAAGCUGAAUGUCAGUCAGCAGCCACUGUUGGAUAUUGGAGGUAACUUAAUGAAAAUGCAUGCCACGGAUUUGGAAAAGCCCCUGCCAGAACAGCAGGAUAAUUCUCCUUCAUCAAGGACUCGAGAAGAAAAAAGGGACGUGUCCAUUUCCAGACUGCGGGAGGCCUUUUCUCUUCAUCACACAGCAGAGAACAAGUCUCACAGCCUGAAGACUCCAGAACCAAGAAGGAGCUCUCCAGGGCAGAAAAGGGGUAUGCCAUCUUUUAGCACUUCAGAUGCCAUCUCUGACAGAGGCUCCCUGGGACCUCAGAAAGAGGCAGCGAGUUCCAGUGCGGGACCCAGUGACCCUGCAGACAGAGCGGAGGUGGAGAAGGACUCUGGGCAUGGCAGCACUUCCGUGGAUUCAGAGGGGUUCAGCAUCCCAGACACAGGCAGUUACUACAGCAGCGAGUGUGUGGCCAGCUCCCCCGAGGACAGGGGCUCACAGGAAUCUGUGGACUCUCGUGAGAAAGUGCCUGAAACUGACAACCCUUUUUCAGAUGUGGACUGCUGUUUAAACCAGGAAGAUACUGGAUGUAAAUUUAGAAUUUUGCCUCAGUCACCUAAUCUUGCAUCCCCAAACACAAAACGCUUUAAAAAAGAAGAAAUUCUUUCAAAUUCUGACAUUUGUCUAAAGGUAGUAAAUACUCAGAACGUGUCAGCCUCUCAGGUUGAUGUAGCUGUUAAAAUUAAUAAGAAAGUUGUGCCCCUGGACUUUUCUAUGAGUUCUUUAACUAAACGAAUAAAGCAGUUUCAUCAUAAAGCAAAGCAAAGUGAAGGUGAACAGAAUUAUAGGAAGUUUAGAGCAAAGAUUUGCCCUGGAGAAAAUCAAGCAGCUGAAGAUGAACUAAGAAAAGAGAUAAGUAAAUCAAUGUUUGCAGAAAUGGAAAUCAUUGGCCAGUUUAACCUGGGAUUUAUUAUAACCAAACUGAAUGAGGAUAUCUUCAUAGUGGACCAACAUGCUACAGAUGAGAAAUAUAACUUUGAGAUGCUGCAGCAGCACACCGUGCUCCAGGGGCAGAGGCUUAUAGCACCUCAGACUCUCAACUUAACUGCUGUUAAUGAAACUAUUCUGAUAGAAAAUCUGGAAAUAUUUAGAAAGAAUGGCUUUGAUUUUGUUAUCGAUGAAAGUGCUCCAGUCACUCAAAGGGCUAAACUGAUUUCCUUGCCAACUAGUAAAAACUGGACAUUCGGACCCCAGGACAUAGAUGAGCUGAUCUUUAUGCUAAGUGACAGCCCUGGGGUCAUGUGCCGGCCUUCCCGGGUCAAGCAGAUGUUUGCCUCCAGAGCCUGUCGAAAAUCUGUGAUGAUUGGGACUGCUCUUAACCCAAGCGAGAUGAAGAAACUGAUCACCCACAUGGGGGAGAUGGACCACCCUUGGAACUGUCCCCAUGGAAGGCCAACCAUGAGACACAUAGCCAACCUGGGUGUCAUUUCUCAGAACUGACCUUAGUCACUGGACGGAAUUAUCAGUUUUAUUGCAGAUUUUUAUGUUUUAAAACACAGGGUCUUAACUAACCUUUUAUGUUUUAAAAUGAACCUGCUACUUAAAAAAAUACUCAUCAGACCCAUUUAAAAGUGAUCUUGAGAACCUUUUCAAACCAGAUGGAGCAUUGCUUGCAAAAAUUGUUUUCUGUGUUUUCAUGUGCUCAUAAGUGUGUGUGUCCAGGCAAAAACACGGUUAUAAAAACAAGAGCACUUUGGAAGUUACUCAGACCUCUGCUCUGGCUGGACAUAGUUUAGUCUAUAACUUUCAACCCUUAAUGAUAAUUAAAUUUAUCUUUGUUUAAUUUCAUACAUUUAAAAUUAGGGUCCUUUUGGGUUCGUGAUUCUCAGCCCUGAUUCACAUUACAUUUUUAAACAAGGGGAUUCUCUACCCAGCUGGAAGAAAAUAGCUGGAUGGGACAGGGGUCACUAUUGUUAAACAUGCCUCUGUGCGGCCAAGGUAGCAAAAUACUGUCCCUGCAGAGGAACAAAAAGAGUUUGAUUUUCUCACAAUUUGAUUCUAUGACUUGGUUUCCUCAGGGUGUGAACUGUAGAACAUUCUAGUUACUGGCCUUGAAUGGCUCUGGAAAUGUAAGAUAAGAAUCCCUGUGUGUCUUUUCAGAUAGUUUUCAUGGAACCUUGUCCUGUUUGAACUGGACUAAAAAUGGAAGUGAAGGUGCCCUCUUGGGAGCCGAGAGAUGACAAAUGUGGCUCCCCCUGCUGCCCCCCUCCCUUCCCUGGACUGUGGUCUUCAAGGAAGAUGGGACUCCCAUUCCUGGUUUAGAAUUCCUUAGAUGGAGGAGGCAGUACAGUAGUAACUGUGUCGUCGUGGCCAGCACCAUGCCGGCAUGGUUUGCAGGAUCCCAUUUAAGAACUCUGCAGAUUGGGAGCUGUGGCAGGAUAAUAGCCCCCAAGAUAGCUGUGUCCUAAUCUCCAGAACCUGUGACCACGCUGCCUUACAUGGCACAAGGGACUCUGCAGGUGUGACUGAGUGAAGGAUUUUUCUUUCUUUUUUUUUUUUUUUGAGAUGAAGUUUUGCUUUUGUUGCCCAGGCUGGAGUGCAAUAGCGUGAUCUCGGCUCACUGCAGCCUCUGCCUCCCAGGUUCAAGUGAUUCUCCCACUUCAGCCUCCCAAGUAGCUUGGGAUUACAGCUGCCCACAAUCACACCUGGCUAAUUUUUGUAUUUUUAGUAGAGACAGGGUUUCACUAUGUUGGCCAGGCUGCUCUUGAACUCCUGACCUCAGGUGAUGUGCCCAUCUCAGCCUGCCAAAUCCUGUUGGGAUUACAGGCAUGAGCCAUUGUGCCUGGCUGAGUUAGGAUCUUGCAAUGCAGAGAUUAUCCUGGAUUGUCUGGCUGAGUCCAGUCCAUUGGGUGAGUCCUUCAAAGGUGGAAACCUUUCCCUGCUGGCCAGAGAAAGGCUGCCUUGCUGGUUUUGGAGAUUGAAGGAGGUACCACCAGUCAACAUUGCAAGCAGCCUCUAGAACAGGCGUCCCAACACCCCGGCCACAGACCAGUACUGGUCCAUGGCCUGUUAGGAACCAGCCUGCACAGCAUGUGAGCGGUGGGCAAGCCAGCAAAGCUUCAUCUGUAUUUAUGGCCACUCCCAUGGCUGGCAUUACCACCUGAGCUCUGUCUCCUGUCAGAUAACCGGUGGGCAUUAGAUUCUCGUAGGAGCGCAAAUCCUAUUGUGAACUGCGCAUGCGAGAGAUCUAGGUUGGGCGCUCCUUAUGAGAAUCUGAGGCCUGAUGAUCUGUCACUGUCUCCCAUCACCCCCAGAUGAGACUGUCUAGUUGCAGGAAAACAAGCUCAGGGCUCCCACUGAGUCCAAAUGGUGAGUUGUAUAAUUAUUUAAUUGUACGUUACAGUGUAAUAAUAAUAGAAGUAAAGUGCGCAAUAAAUGGCAAUGUGCUUGAAUCAUCUCGAAACCAUCCCUCACCUACCCCCAUUCGUGGAAAAAUUGUCUUCCGCAAAACGGGUCUCUGGUGCCAAAAAGGUUGGGGACCACUUCUGGAAAAGCUGGAAAGGGCAAGGAUACGGAUUCUCCCCCUGAGCCUCUGGAAGGAACCAGCAUUGAGGACUAAUUUACAGACUGUAUGAUAAUAAAUUUAUGUUGCUUCAAGC